AUGACUGCUUUCGGAUUUCGCCAUAAAUCUGUAGGAUUACUGUGUCUUAGUUUCUUGUGUAAAGGUAAGAACCCAAACUUACUCUCCCUUAAGCAACCGAAAAAAGCGAAGUUAAGCUAAAGCUAAAUAUCAUCACGAAUUCUCUAAGAAAUUGGAUAAAUUGUUCGACCAUAAUUUAAACUGAAAAAUAAACCUUCAAUCAUUAUAUGUGCGGCGAGAAAUGCACGUAGUGAUCUGGGAGCGUUUGGGCAGAUACCAAAAUAAGUACAAGUCAGUACGUUUGUAGAUCGAAAGCAGUGGUCACAGCCGAGAUUUCUCUGCCUGUGUGGCAAGAGUUCGUUGGAAGAGCCCCUCUCUCACUAUAAAAAAAUGUUUCUGCAGAUGACAAACUUUAAUAUGAUUGGUGGUUUUUUCGAAUUUUGACAGUCUUGCUUUAAUUUAAAGCCGGAUGAAGUAUUUGUGUAGUUGUUGUGAGUGAGGUCAUCAUGCCAGAACGAAAAAACCAUUUUAGAGACUCAUCAAGAUAAAACAAGACAAGCAUGCUUUUGUAGCUUUCUGUUCUAAGUUCUGUAUCAAUAAUUAAGGUUAAACAGACGGUACUGACCGAACACUAUUCAUAUCGGCCUUACUUUGGAAAUUCAAACAGUAAGAACUUCAAACCCAUAAUACGAAACAAAGGACAUAGUGGGUCGGUUAGUCUAUAUACUUCGCAUAACGACUGAAUUGGUCCCUUUUAUGGACUUUUAUUUGCAGCUGUGUUCUCGCUGGAUUGUUUCGUUUGUUCAAGUGAUGAUUCUUUUGAAGAGUGUGACAAAGCACGAACCAAAGAAAUUUGUCAACCAAGAACUACGUGCGGCAAACUAUCCUUUCAACUGUCGGAUAACCACAGAUACAGAAGAGGUUGUUUAUCUGUCAUAUACUGUACUGAUCCCAGCCGCUACUGUCAAAAUAUUGUUGACGCAUCAGAAUGUGUCACUGCUUGCUGCUCCAAAGACCUGUGUAACGCUGCACCUGCCCAAGAAAUGUCACGCGAUGGCUUUCUGUGGUGGAGUCUAAUGGUAACAUCUGUGGGACUUAUUAACAUUUGUUAA